CUCUCUUUCCAGGAAACCGAGAUUGCUGUCGACUGCAACCAUUUGCUAUGGAACUACAAGCUGAACCUGACAAUGGAUCCCAAGUUUGAGUCUGUGGCCAUGGAGAUCUGCAAGAGUACUAUCACUGAGAUUAAGGAGUGUUCGGAGGAGGAGCGUGGUAAGGGUUACCUGGUGUCCUGCCUGGUGGAUCACCGUGGUAACAUCACAGAGUACCAGUGUCACCAGUACAUCACCAAGAUGACCUCUAUCGUCUUCUCAGACUACAGACUCAUCUGUGGCUUCAUGGACAAGUGUAGAGAGGACAUCAACACGCUACGCUGUGGAAGCAUCAACGUUGGAGAGAAGGACAUCCAUUCACAGGGUGAGGUCAUAGCGUGUCUGGAGAAAGCCUUAGUCCGAGAGGCGGAGCAACAGGACCAGGCUCAUCCAAUCAGAGAGGAGUGUAAGAAGAGCAUCAUGCGCGUAGCGGAGCUGUCGUCAGACGACUUCCACCUGGACAGAUUCCUGUACUUCUCCUGCCGAGAGGACCGAGAACGCUUCUGUGAAAACACCCAAGCAGGAGAGGGCAAGGUUUACAAGUGUCUCUUCAGCCACAAGUUUGAGGAGGCCAUGUCUGAGAAGUGUCGAGAGGCCCUGACCACGCGUCAGAAGCUGAUAACCCAGGACUACAAGGUUAGCUACUCUCUGACCAAGGCCUGCAGGGCUGACCUCAGGAAGCACCGCUGUAACCUGGACACCAACAUGCCCCGCGCUAGAGAGGCACGACUAUCAUAUCUGCUGCUAUGCCUGGAGUCUGCUGUACACAGGGGUGGGUGGAGGAGAGAGAGUGUGUGUGUACAUGUGUAUGAGGGGUGAUAAAUGCCAUACAUUAACUGUUGAAUGUGUGUACAUGUGUAUGAGGGGUGAUAAAUGCCAUACAUUAACUGUUGAAUGUGUAUACAUGUGUAUGGGG